ACAGGAUGACCUAAAAUAGAAACAGGCCAUCUCGCUGUUUAUCGCCCGAUCCCCAGGUUUCUGACUUCUCAGGGCUCUGCUUCGCUUUUUUUUUGAACAGCUGCCACAACAAAUCUACAAUCGAAUAUGCAUGUCGCUCGCGUGGCGCCUCUCCCUUAUAACCUCCACCUAAAUCUCAUCUUUUUACACUCGACACUCCCAACAAAUGUUCGACCAAAGUAUCAUGCUACAAUCAUCCAUUGGUGUCAUCUUUGAUCCUUACAAGGAAAAGGUCAACCCAAGUCAUCUCUAUGUCCGUCAACCCCACGACGCCAUUCAGAUCAUCCAGCUCGUAGAAGCUACACCUCCCCCGCGUCCCACAUCAUCAGACAUCGAUUCCAGCUUCUCUUCGGGUUCAUCAUAUCCUUCUACAUCAGACUCUGAAGACGAAGAGGAUUGCUCAUCAUAUUGCUCCUCUUUUGUCACCCCUCCCCAUCCUUCCCAGGACAGAGAACCUGUCGCUUGGACAGAUGAUACAUACGAUGUUCGCAUGAAACGGAUACAGAAUUGGAGAGAUCAUUCGAUAAAAGCGAUGAGCGCCCCAGCUGAGCCUCGUUCACCUUCGUUGAAACGAAAGUUGAAUCAAAAUCUGACUGAUGAUGAUCUCGCAUCGCAUUGCCCAAAAAGAUCACGUUCUCGGGAUCCUAAUAGCGCAACCAGAUUACUCGGGCAUCCAUGUACCGCGUGCGAUACUCCAUUCUCAUCAAGGCAAAGCCUGCGACAACACGGUCGCACUCCUCAUAUAUCUGAGGCAUGCCGGAUAGCGGUCGAAUACAAUUUCGAAUGACCGCCCACUCCCGUCUCCAGUUUUAUGUACUCUUAUGACGAUCAUGAUCCCAGCAUUCGCAUCGUUGUACGAUAACCCACAAUUAUUUUUUUUAUUCAUGGUAUCGUCCACAUACAUUUUACGCAUAUUGUGUACCACCAACGGAUGAAGUUGAAGCGAUGUUUGUUUCUGUACAUUAUUGAUCACUACAGACCUGACUGACCUGUUAAUUAUACCAUAUUUGCUCGCUAGUACUUCCACACCCAUAGGGUCGAAUAAAUGACUUGAAUGCACAGUUAUGCUAUUUCUCAU